AGCAAGCGGCGCAAACUUCGAAAGGGCACGACAAGCUGUUGGGACUGCAAAAAGCGGAAAGUGAAAUGCACAUUCGAUGCAACAUCAGAUACAAUAUGUGUAGCUUGUCGUCGUCGAAACGCGCCAUGUGUUCGCCAGGACCAGCCGGAUGAAGUCCUUCUUCAGGAGGACGAUAGCAGCCCGUCAUUAACAUCGCUGCGUUCAGGCGAUGGGGUCAACAGGACCUAUCCAGCUCCUGCUCUCUCUUAUGAACAACUCCUUGAGCGCCUGCGAAAAGCCGAAACAUUACUUGCGCAAUCGGAAGACUUAAGACACGACUCAGCAGCAAUCGACUUUGCAGAAGACGGUGAAAACAUCUCGAUCGGCCUACGUCAAACGUUUCCUGCUCAGCGAGACCUCGAUCUCAUAUGCAGAUCGGACCGCAGCGCGACCUUGUAUAGCUACAAAUGUCUCACGGGAUCCAGCAACCUCUUAGAGCACGAAUCGUUCGACAUUGCCGACGAAUUGGCCACGGUUCCCGACGCCUCUACUACACCCCCAGUUCUUAUGGCCAGGCAUAUGCUUAUUCUAGCCCUCAUGCUGCAGUACUUUCGGUGUAACGGAGCCGAUCGCCUAUCUGGAGACCCGAAUGCUCUCGCCGUGCGCAUGGUGGAUACGGCUGUUCGCAUGGUCAUCACCAACGAUCAACUAGUAGGCUGUAUCGAAGGACUGGAGUGUAUAAUAUACGAAGCCAUCUUCCAAUCCAACGCCGGCAACCUUCGGCGAUCGUGGAUAGCUUUCAGAAGAGCCAUGGUAUUUGCGCAGUUGAUGAGGUUGGAUACACCCAACCCUCCACCGAUCAAGUUCUUAGAAAAUAAACACAGAGUGGGCCCAAAAUUCCUAUGGUUUCGAAUUGUUCAUAUGGACAGCUAUCUGAGCCUGAUGCUCGGUCUGCCCCAUGGAGGCCAGACUACGAACAUGGAGGUCCCUGUCCCUGGAGAGAGCCUGAGCUGCAAAAUCGAUCGAGCACAUACCCUCAUCGCACGUGGUAUCGUUGACCGCAACCGAGGAGAUCCGCUUCAAAACAUUGAGGCUACCCGCAAACUGGAUCGCGACCUCCAGAACGUGACAAAAUCCCUUCCUGACAAAUACUGGCUUGCACCAAGUUUCACUAGGCUGCAACCAAGCACGAAGGAGGCCUUUGAGGAGCUAAUGCGGCUUCGAGAUCAGCUUUACCAGUACAAUUUGCUUCAUCUUCUGCACCUGCCUUUCCUCUUACAUUGCGGCAAGGAUUCAGAUUUUCAUAUGUACGCCAAGAUAACCUGUAUCAAUGCGGCCAGAGACGUUCUUACAAGAUUUGUCGCGUUCCAAAAUUUUCGACCAAUCUCGACCCAGUCAUGUCACACAGCGGACUUCUUCGCGCUCAUGGCCGGGAUGACGAUUUUGAUCGCGCACAUAGACAGCUGUCGCUGGAAAGAUCAUAGUUUUCUAGUACAUCAACGACCCGGCGACCGCGCCAUGGUCGAGCAGCUUGUCGAAAAAUUGGAACUGGUUUCGACGCAGACGAACGAACCCCUCACAGGCAAAAGUGCUGAGCAGCUUCGGAGCUUGCUCGAGAUUGAAAGCGACGCUGCACGUGGGUCGAGUCAUACUGGUGAGAGCACUGUCGAUCGGCUUGAGGAGGGCUGCGGCGAGCAGUUUCAGCUCUCGAUACCAUAUUUUGGAAUUAUCAAGAUU